CUUUGCUGCUGGUAGUAGGCUGUGUGAUAGGGGUUGGGGUGGGGGGUUUUUUAGUGGGGCAAUGGCCGUCGUUGCCACGGGAUAUUAACAAUUGUCUUAUUAUCAAUUCAGCGUGAUUGGAAAACAAACGAAGUCGUCGUCGUCGUAACGAAGAGAGAGAGAGCGCGCCAACUGGAUUAGUCAAUAAGAUUUAGUGAAAGUGUUGUUGUUGUUUCCUCGUUCCGGUGUUCGAAUCUCCGAUAGGAUUCGAAUCAAGAGACAUGCCCGCUGUGUAUUUAUGGCUAGACGUGGGAUAAUUUCCAUACUCAUCAUUUGCAUUAUUCUAUUCAUAAUUUCGCUUUUCGAAUAUGCGGCAGUUUCCAAGAACAGUUAUGGCUCAAUCAGAAGGAGAGAUUCGUUCAAAGCGCACAAGCUCUACUCUGAUCUGAGGAACAGUCUGGCCACCGAUGAGCCCCCACUGAAUGACACGAACAGGAGCAGGAGAUGUGAACCGAUGCAUGUGGGCUUCGUGUGCUCCGGCCACAAGUCCAACCUGUACUUGAUGACCCUGCUCAAAUCCAUUCUAUUCCAUAGGAACAAACCCCUGCACUUUCACCUGAUUGUCAACAAGUUCUCUGAUAAAGUUCUCAGGACUCUGUUCGAGACCUGGGACAUUCCCCAAGUCACCGUUAGUUUUUAUGAUAUGAAUGAUUAUCUUCCUGACAUCCGAUGGGUGCCCAACUCUCAUUACUCUGGUAUCUAUGGCCUUCUGAAGCUGCUCUUCCCCACAGUUUUACCCAACGUUGAGAAAAUCAUCAUCCUGGACACCGAUUUGAUUUUCACCAGUGACAUCGAUGAGCUUUGGCAGCUCUUCAACAACUUUGAUUACCUUCAUGCAAUCGGUUUGGUGGAGAAUGAGAGUGAUUUCUAUCUAUCCAAAAAGAGCACAAUCUGGCCUGCAAUUGGCAGAGGGUACAAUACGGGGGUGAUACUAUACCGAUUGGAUAGGUUGAGGAACAUGCAGUGGGAUAAGCUGUGGACGCGCGUCAGCAAGAAGGCGGCUCUGAUGUACGGUUCCACCUCUUUGGGUGAUCAGGACAUCAUGAACACAGUGCUGAAGCAGUAUCCGCAUCUGGUCUACGACGUGCCUUGCUACUGGAACACCCAACUGAGUGAUCACACGCGCAGCGAAAGCUGCUACAAAAAUAACAAAAUCAAGGUUGUGCAUUGGAAUUCGCCGAAGAAGUUCAACGUGAACAACCGCGAUGGAGAGUACUUCCGCAGCAUCUACAAGACUUUCCUGGAAAUGAACGGGGAUUUGGUGAGGAGCGUCCUCUACGAUUGUCACAACAUUUCCGGUGAUAAUUCGCAAAAUCAGCGAGACGUGUGCGACGACUUCACCAAAGGCACGUUAAACAAAUGGCGAACGUUGCUGUUCUUCAGGAAUUUCGAGUACAUUCCAGUUGAUUACGACGUUACGUUCGUGGCACAAUUAUCAUACGACAGACUGCAGAUGGUGGAGGAGCUCACCAAGCACUGGGAAGGUCCAAUCAGUUUAACUCUGUACGUGACAGAUCCGGAAUUUCAGCAGGCCAACAAGUACCUCGAGAACUCGGAAAUACUGCAAGAGCGGACGAACAUCGCAUAUCACGCUGUCUUCAAGAACGGCGACUACCAUCCGAUAAACAUGUUGAGGAACGUCGGUCUUCGAAACGUGAACACUCCGUACGUGUUUCUCGCGGACAUCGACUUCUUGCCGAUGUUCGGGCUGUACAACGUCAUUCGCAACACGCUCUCGGCGAGUCCGAAAGGCUUGACCAAAAAGGCGUUAAUCAUACCGGCGUUCGAGUCGCAGAGGUACAGGAAUCGCUUCCCCAGGAACAAGGUGGAACUGCUGCAGAUGCUCGAGAACAAGUCGCUCUUCACGUUCAGGUUCGACGUGUGGGCUUCGGGUCAUUCGCCAACGAACUACACCAGAUGGAGGAACGCAAAGUCUCCGUACACUGUGAAAUGGGAGCCAGAUUUUGAGCCGUACGUGGUUGUCAGGAGGGACGUCACCGAGUACGAUGGUAGAUUUAUGGGCUUCGGCUGGAACAAAGUCUCGCACAUCAUGGAAUUGGAAUGUCAGGAUUACGAGUUUCUGGUCAUGCACAACGCGUUCAUCGUGCAUCAGCCGCACUCGCCCAGCUACGACAUCGCCAAGUUCCGGAUGUCUCCCAUCUACAGGAUGUGUCUGCAAAAUCUGAAAGAACUGUUCGUGGAGGGCCUGAAAACGAAAUACGGACGCAGCUUCGACAAUAAGAAAGUUUCCAUCGACCCGAUCAUCUCCUAGAUUUUAGUUGCCAAAAAGAAUUGGAAGGUGAAGGACGACGAGAAAAGGAUUACAAAAAAAAGAAAACAUAGCCUACUUCCUGUUUGAAAAUAAUGUUUUUUUUUUUAAAUUAUUAUUAUUAUUAAUAUUUCUCAACGAGUCAGUUCGAAGAGCACAAGGAAAGAGAAAGAAAAAAACAUUCUAAGUCAAUCCUUUUUAUACAAAAGAUAAACAAACGUAAUGUGAUUUAAUUUAUAUACAAAAUGUGAAAGUUGUUUCUGUU